ACGCGCACGGACAUUCUCUCCAAUAUCGUGGGAUGGAUCAACGACGGCAGAAAUGAUGUUCCACGCGUGCUAUGGUUAUCCGGCCCUGCAGGGACGGGUAAAUCAGCCAUUGCUCACACGAUCGCUGGCUCGUUCAUCAGGGUGGGCCCACUUGGUUCUUGUUACUACUUCGACCGAAACACAAACGAUCGCUAUCAAAAGGUCUUCACCACAAUCGCGCGUGACCUGGCUGAUCGUCAUCCGGAGAUGAGACGAGUGUUAGCAGAUGCAGUCAAGAACGAAACUGCGCUCAAGACUACAGCAAAUGUCGUACAGCAGUGGCAGAAGUUUCUUGUGGGACCACUAAGGAAGCUUUCUGAGUCACCCAUGGGGCCUGUCGUUAUCGUUAUCGACGCACUGGACGAAAGUGGCGAGGCAAUGGAAACACGCAGUGACCUUUUACGCAUUUUUUCUGGUAAAUUCCAGAACCCUGCUGUUACCCGAAUCACAGAGCUCCCAAAGAACUUCCGGUUUAUCGUUAUCUCUCGCCCGCUUUGCGACAUUCAAAAUUCGUUUGCGAGCGCUCAACAUAUUCGAAGGAUUCGCCUGAAUGGAAUUCCGCCAGAAGUCGCGGAACACGAUAUCUGCGCUUACGUGUCAAAGACGCUGGAAGUGCUUCCAUAUUCUGGGAGCAAAGAGUUCACAGCCCUCGCUAAGAAAGCUGAUGGUCUUUUCGAGUGGGCACGUCUUGCUCACGAAUCCAUCGAAACACCUCCUGGCUUAUCUUCCGAUCAGUCGUUCAAUGUCAUAAUGUCCCGCGAUCCUGUCGAACGGGAGCGCCUGUUGUACGAUAUGUAUCACUUAAUUCUAACGCAGAUUAUGCCAAAGGAUAGACACAAAAGCUCCAAGUUUCAGCAAACACACUUAGCGAUGUUUUGCUCCGUGAUAGGACAAAUUCUCGGCACAGCCGAACCUUUCCCUUUGAAUUCCCUGAAUGCCAUGCUAAGCUAUCUUCCAGAUGAAAGCGAGCGUUACAAAGUGGAGGUCAUGGUAGAACGCAUGGGAUCCCUCUUCGGCGGUGCCACUGCCCCAUCUACCCCAAUCCGACCCGUUCACGCAUCCUUCCGCGAUUUCCUGACAGACCAAUCACAUAGCGGAGGGUUCUUCGUCGACGUGCCGAAGGUACAACGAGACCUUGCUUUCGCAUCACUUCUUUCGUUCAACAUCUGCGAUUUGAAAUCAUCAUAUCUCCCCAACUCCGAAGAUCCCUAUCUACGAGAAUGA